AUAUAAUUAUCCAUCUGCGGUACGAUAAAAUGGUCGUGACUUGUGUACCAUCUGCAACGCUCAUGUGCCUGAGUCGCCAGACAGUCACGCCAACACCGACCGCAGUUGCUUAGCGAUUGGUUCGAAGAGUGGUGGCGCGAACUGCAAUUGUGCUUCGUACACUGUGAGGACCAUGACCUCCAGCAUUUAUAAUUUAUUUGAGUAGAUUUCCAAAUUAUAUCAGAUAUGACAAUUGCAGUGAGACAGUCAGCAGUUAAUUUUAUGAUACUGAGCUAUCAAAAGCAGUUGUACUAAAGGUGCUGAAACACUAAAGGGAUAUUUCCCCCCUUCGCUUAUUACCAUUACUGGCUGUGUGGUGAGCCCUAAUCGGUUAGUGAUAUGAGAUGGUGGAUUUAACCUGAACCCGCCUAAGAGAUACGUCUAAACGUUUGGAUUAGGAACCUUAACGUACACACGUCGUAACGAGCCAACGCUGAAGAUGUCGGAGAGUGUGGUGAACGGUGGUGGCGGGGCAGAGAUGAAACUAAAGCUGACGAGUUCGGAUACCACCUCCACCCUGGUGUCCCCGACCACGCCGCCCUCAGAGCCUCACUACCCUCUUAUGGAGGCCACGGGCUCUGUCUCCUACACCACAGGUACAGGAGAGAUGAUGUCGGGGGGAGGCGGUGUACGGGUCUACAGGAUAAGAUGGGUGAUCCUCUGUCUCUUCGUGUUGUACUCCAUGUCCAAUGCCUUCCAGUGGAUCCAGUACUCUAUCAUCAACGACAUCAUCACCUAUUACUACGGUGUCAGCCCUACCAUGGUCGACUGGAUGUCUAUGGUCUAUAUGGUUACCUAUAUACCUCUCAUCUUCCCGGCAUCUUGGUACCUGCAGAAGAAGGGGUUAAGGAGAGCAGUACUGAUUGGUGCCUGUGGUACUAUGAUCGGGUCAUGGGUCAAGGUGGGGUCAGUCUCCCCCGACAGGUUUUAUCUGACCUUCGCAGGGCAGUGCAUUUCCGCCAUCUCCCAAAUCUUCAUCCUUGGUAUCCCCCCUAGGUUGGCUGCUGUCUGGUUUGGUCCUACCCAGGUCUCAACUGCUUGUGCUAUUGGUGUCUUUGGGAAUCAGUUGGGCGUGGCGCUGGGGUUCCUCUUGCCGCCUGCUAUCGUACAGACCUCGGAGGAUAAGGAUGUGGUGGGUCAGGGCCUGGCCUUCAUGUUCAACGGUGUGGCUGCCCUCACCACCACACUCUUUAUCACCAUAAUCUUUGUGUUCAAGGAGAAGCCUCCCACACCACCCAGCACAGCAGCUCUCGUGCAGGAAGAGACUGGCUCCUACAUGCAAGGUGUUGUCAGGUUAAUGAAGAACCCAGGAUAUGUGUUAUUACUGCUGUCAUACGGGAUAAAUGUGGGAGCCUUUUAUGCUAUCUCUACCCUCCUUAAUCAGGUUAUCCUCGCCCACUUCCCUAAUGAGAAUGAGAAUGCUGGCCGAAUUGGGUUGGUUAUUGUCCUCGCCGGUAUGAUGGGUUCUGUUGUGUGUGGCUUUAUCCUCGACAAAACUGCGAAAUUCAAGAUGGUGACGCUAGUGGUGUAUAUCUUAUCCACAUUGUUCAUGCUGAGCUACACCUUCAUAUUCCACCUUGAGACACUGUGGUUGGUCUUUGUCAUGGCUGGAUUAUUAGGGUUCUUCAUGACUGGGUACCUGCCAGUGGGAUUCGAGUUUGCUGCAGAGUUGACUUACCCCGAGGCUGAGGGCACAAGCUCUGGCCUGCUCAAUGCAUCAGCCCAGUUCUUUGGAAUAUUUUGUACCAUGGCUGAUGGUCAGCUUCUCAAAAAUUAUGGAGACAUGGCAGCCAACUUGCUCCUGGUAGUGGUGCUUUGUGUGGGAAGCAUCAUGACUGCCUCUAUUAGGGAGGAUCUGCGGAGACAGGCUGCCCACAAGAAGGGCAUUCACGUUGACAGUGAAGGACCAAGAGUCUGAACAAGUAAAUGUGUCUUUCCUACUUUUACCGUCAACAGUCAAAAUUUGAUAUGGGCUUUAUCAAUUUUUAGUUGAUCCUAUCCGGUGAAUGGACAGAAAAUAAAAUAAUGACAGUAGGUAUUGUAGAUAGAUUGACAGAUAUUUAUUCAGUAAAAGUCUUAUGAAUUCACAUUGGUUCAGCAUGUAAGUAAACAGUACCGCAUAGACAUGGCAAAUGGUAAAUUGAUUAAAUUUAGACAGCCACUGUAGGGCAGCUUAUACAUGGAUUUAUUUUUUCAUGUGAACCAUGAAUGAGGAUUUUAUGACAUGUCUCUAAAUACUUAAAAAACAAAAAGGGUUAACAUGAAUUACAAAAGACAUGGGGCAGCUACUUUUAUAAAACCUAAACAAAACUUAUGACUCAAAAAAUUUAUACUACUGUACUAGUGUCAUGUAUUUGUCAUGCUACCUCCUGUGAUGUUAACCAAGUACUGUACUGUACUGUGGUAAUCUCAAGCCCAAUGUGUAGUUUAAUCUGUCCCUGUAAUAAUGUAUUCAUAUAUAUCUGUACUCAUACACUUUAAUAGGUUCCCUGUACGUAAUAUAUUCCAAAAGAACUUACAGUAUAAGCCAGAUUAUUCCGUCAUUACUGUUGUAUUAUCUUGAAAUAUUGUUCAUAGAAGGAUUAACUUGAUGAUUAGAGGCACAUUAUUUUUUAUAUGGCAAAUUAGGCAUCAGAUGCUCAUGUAUAUACAAGUAUAGACACUCCAUGCAGAACUAUAUAUAUAUAUAUAUAUAUGUAUAUAUACAGUAUAUAUACAGUGACCCCUCGGUUAACGAACUCAAUCCGUUC